CCUCUCCAACUCUGCAGUCCUACGUGCGUUCAAAUAGGUCUCCUCUAAAAUUGCUACCACGUUUUAAGAGAGAUGGCGUGGUGCUGCCACUUUCUAAAACUAAAAGAGAUUGAUAUCUGAAAGGGAUGAAUCCCUUCUUUUUCCAUUGCUCUCAACCUCCAACUGCAGAAGUAGCUCAAGCUCCUCCUUACCGACCCUCUUUCUCUCUCCGACUCAUCCCAUUUUGAUUCCCCUCAAUCCCAUUGCCAAUGGCGUCCAAGUCCAAAAUCCUCUUCAUCGGCGGCACCAGAAAGUUCAUCGUCGAGGCCAGCGCUAAGGCCGACCACCUACCUACUUUCUGGUCUGAGAAAUUACCCUUUCCAACCCGGCAAAGUCCAAAGUCCUCGAGAACUUCAAGGAUCUGGGCGACAAGUUUAUCCUGGGUGAUGGUACGAUCACGAGAGCUUGGUGAAGGCGAUCAAGCAAUAUAUUUAACACUAGGAGCUAAAAUCUUUGCACUGCCUUAUAAUUACUUUUCUGUGAAUUGUCCUUACUUUAAGUUUUUCAUAUUUCAUAAUCUUCUUUGCACAAAAUCGCUGGUUAAUUCCUGAUUUCAUGCAUAUAUAUGUUACC